AAAUAAUUAUAUUAAAUUCCUUGAUUUUAAAAUAUCUUGUUUCUUUGAAAUUGAUUCAAAAUAAAAUAUUCCUGGAAUCCUUCCAACACAGAUUCUCACAAUCACCAAAAUCCUAUCUGGCCUAUUGACUGGUGUAAUAAUUCAAUGUAAUCUUGAGUUAUCAUUCUUUUAGAAAAGAAAUAUAAAUGCCAUGAAAUUCGAACCUUUAUUGCGGUGGACGUGUAUUAUGAUGAUAUCAAAAACAAUCGAUUACCUAAUGGGACAAGAAAAUUCGAAUUCAUAUAACGAAAAUCAAGACCCAUGGCCGAUGGAACACAAUUCUAUUGUUUUCAUAGAAGAUGUACAACUAACGUGCGAUAAUGAUACAUUUCACGUCGAUGUAAAAUUUACAAGUCCAUUUUAUGGUAUAAUCUAUACUAAGGACUACUUUUUUUCUGGAAGCAAAUGUCGCAUAGAAGGACAAGGUCUGUCUAACACGCUAUUCGAUAUUUCUUUCAAUAACUGUGGAUCCAAAAGACGGCAAGAUCAUAAAGGAGUGAUAUAUCAUGAGGCCAUUAUAGUUGUCAAAAUUGAAAAAUCUUGGCCAAUAAUUACAACGGAAGACAGAGGUUUUCGAUUAAAAUGUUGGCCCGUCAAAUGGCCCAAACAAACAACGAUGCAGAAACAAACCAGCAUUGAUGUUCCAAUGAUCCCGAUCAAAACUCAAAAAGGCACAAUUAAAAGUAUGAAAGUGCCUGAUUGUACAAUGAAAGUCAUCCAAGGAUUGGAUGUCAAAAUCCAACCAUCAGAAAAGCUUAUCAUUGGUCAAACGGGAAGUGUCGUGAUAACUUACAAUGACGAAGGGAAGUUUGACAUGUUCUUAUCGAAUUGUUUGGCACACGAUGGAAAAGAUAUUCACAGCGUGGAUUUAAUUGAUCCCUUUGGAUGCCCCACUAUGCCCAAAAUGGUUCAUGAUGUUCGUUUUGUCAAAAAUGGCAAUCAAAGCUAUUUUUUCUUCCCGUUUAAGGUAUUUAAAUUUCCAGAUACGACAAACGUCUAUUUUAAAUGCAACAUCACAAUAUGCUUCAAAUCUUGUUCGCAAAAACAAUGCGGCAAAGAUUUAUGGAGAUAUAAGGAGGAAAGAACACUCAGUCCUAACAUUUUUUACAAAAACCGACUGGAUGUAUUCAAUAAUCGUGCUUUAAAAAAGAGAGCUAUUAGAGAGUUUAGUCUCAACAUGUAUUCCAAUAUUACAUCAAAAGAACUUAAAGAAUUUUUCAUCGCGAAUCUGCAACUAACUGAUGAUACUAUUGUUGAUACAGAAUCUGAGGAUAUAAAAAUGAAGGUGAUAUAUCCUGAAGAUUUUGAAGGAAUAAAACAUAUGAAAGCAAAAGCAUAUAUACCAGAUCUAUUUAGCGUGAAUGGAAAUAUUAAAUACUUAUCAAACUCGUCUAAUUCUAGACCAAAUUUAAAGCAUAAAGAUUUACUAAAUCUACAAUUAAACAAUAGUCACCUUCAGAGAUUUAUUACCAAUAACAGUUUAGUCAGAAAGUUAAUUAAAAAUUUGCCUAAUAUUUAUCAUCCCUUGAUGACCACAAUGAAUCAUUUUAAUUUUGAUGAUAGCAAUUGGAAUCUUAAAGGUAAUAAGCUUGAAUCAGUUUUUUGGGUUUCACCAAAGCUAUUUCCUUCUCAAUCUAGAGCUGAUUUUCACCAAUGUAAACAUAUAUUUGCCUAUGCCAUAUUAAUUCUAUUCUUGGCAACAUUUUUUUCGCUUUCCGUUGUAUGGGCUAUCUAUCGUAUAGUUUUAAAAAUUAAGAAAAAAUCUUUUGAUGAACCAUCCCAAGCCCUUUAUGACUCCUCAUUUAAUUCGAUAUAUACUAGUUCUUUACCUUCUAUUGAUACAUCAUUAAACAAUAAUAGUAUAUUAAAGCAGUUAACGAAUAACUUUCACUCACGGGGAAGGCUAUGGCAGAGCGUAAAUAAAAAUUUUAAUCAUAAAAAAAUACCAAACUUUUCAAAUUAUCAUACAAAUAAUAAUAUUAAUAAUUUAUACGAUACCACUAAAAUCUCUGGAAAACAAAAAGACUUAAUAAAUAAUAAUGUAAAUUCUUCAAAAACGAUAAAUAAUAACAUUUCAAAUAAUCUCGGUAUUUUAGAAUCUUUAACAAAAUUGAAUUUAAAUCCCCUUUUAACUAAUAUAAAUAAUGAAGAUGAAUUAAUGCAAAAUAAUGCAUGUAGCAUGAAUCAUGAAAUAGUUUAUAAUCAGCAAAUCAAAGAAAUUAAUAAUAUAAACCUAUACCCUAAGUUUGAUAACACCCAUAUAUCAGAUAUCAAUAAAAUUUAUCAAACACUUUUGUCUCAGUCUGACAACGCAUUUAAAAUACAACAUGAAGUUUCGCAUUUUGAAUCCAAUUUUCAUAAAAUAUAAAAGAAGUGUGUAAUUAAAAAAAUAUUAUAAUAUAUUAUGCUUUUUUACAGGAAUUCGCGAUUAAUUUAUAAAAUGUAUUAUAUAAACUAUUUAUAAAAUAAAAUUUAGCAUAGUGUAAAAUAUUUAAUAAUAAUAUAUAUU